AUGUCUUUGUGCAAUUCAUAUUUUAGUAGCAUUCAUAAUUAUGACAAAGCAAACAAAGGAGCUCAAAGAAGGGGCUUCGGGAAACAAGGGUUCCAGUGUCAAGUAUGCAGCUUCGUGGUGCACAAAAGGUGUCACGAGUACGUCACUUUCACAUGUCCUGGCGCAGACAAAGGCGCGGAUUCAGACGAUACCCGUACCCGUCACAACUUCAAGGCUACAACAUAUUCCUCACCAACAUUCUGCGACCACUGUGGAUCGCUCCUCUACGGCCUGAUCCAUCAAGGGCUCAAGUGUCAAGUAUGUGACAUGAACGUGCACAAACGAUGCGAGGAGUCUGUACCGAAUCUGUGCGGCUGCGACCACACCGAGCGGCGCGGGCGCAUACAGCUCUCCGUGUCUUGUGUUGGGAACAAGCUUACUGUUAUCGUUAAGCAAGGCCGAAAUUUGAUCCCAAUGGAUCCGAACGGCCUCUCCGAUCCCUAUGUGAAGCUUAAGCUGAUCCCGGAUUCUGACAAUGUCAAGAAAAAAACCAAGACCAUCCGUAGCACUCUCAAUCCUGAAUGGAAUGAGACGCUAACAUUCGAUCUCAAGCCUGAGGAUAAAGAUCGUAGACUUCUCUUAGAGGUUUGGGAUUGGGAUAGAACAUCCCGUAACGACUUCAUGGGAUCGCUCUCUUUCGGGAUAUCAGAGGUGAUGAAAGCACCAGCCGACGGUUGGUUCAAACUUCUCACUCAAGAGGAAGGUGAUUAUUACAACGUGCCAGUGCCAGAAGAGGGCGCUGAUUUGGCCCAACUAAAGAACCAGAUGAAGGCGACUAAUCUCGGGGCCAAGAGACCACCACCCCCGCCAGAUAGAGAAGUACCCCACAAUAUGGCGGCCGCAGACGUUAUUAGGGCAUCCGAUUUCAACUUCAUAAUGGUGCUCGGGAAAGGGUCGUUUGGAAAGGUAAUGUUAGCGGAGAGGCGCGGCACAGACGAGCUGUACGCCAUUAAGAUUUUGAAGAAAGACAUUAUAAUUCAAGACGAUGACGUAGAAUGCACGAUGGUUGAGAAAAGAGUGCUAGCCCUCAGCAGCAAACCGCCUUUCCUUGUGCAGUUGCAUUCGUGUUUCCAAACUAUGGAUCGACUGUACUUCGUGAUGGAGUACGUGAACGGUGGAGAUCUAAUGUUCCAAAUUCAACAAUGCGGCAAAUUCAAAGAACCAGUCGCCGUUUUCUACGCAGCCGAAAUAGCUAUCGGUUUAUUCUUCCUCCAUUCCCGCGGGAUAAUCUAUCGCGAUUUGAAACUCGACAACGUCCUUUUAGACCAAGACGGCCAUAUUAAAAUCGCUGAUUUCGGCAUGUGCAAGGAAGGUAUCACCGGCGACAAAACUACCAAGACCUUCUGUGGCACACCAGAUUAUAUUGCCCCGGAGAUCAUUUUAUACCAGCCGUAUGGGAAGUCGGUUGAUUGGUGGGCGUAUGGUGUGCUUUUGUAUGAGAUGUUGGUCGGACAGCCGCCGUUUGAUGGUGAAGAUGAAGAAGAACUGUUCGCGGCCAUCACGGAUAAUAGUGUAUCUUACCCAAAAACUCUAAGCAAGGAAGCGAAGGACGCGUGCAAGACGUUCCUGACGAAGAACCCUGCGAAGCGGCUCGGGUGCGGCGCGCGCGGGGAGGAGGACGUGCGCACGCACCCCUUCUUCCGGCGCAUCGACUGGGCGCGCGUCGAGGCGAGGGACGUGCAGCCGCCGUUCAAGCCUAAGAUUAAACACCGCAAAGAUGUGUCCAACUUCGACAAGCAGUUCACCCAAGAGAAGACAGAACUGACGCCGACCGACAAGCUGUUCAUGAUGAACCUCGACCAGACCGAGUUCAUGGGCUUCUCUUUCCUCAACCCUGAAUACGUUCAACAUGUG